GCCCUAACUAGGGCCUAACAAGACCAGCCGGAAAGGCGCCCUAUCCCCGCCUCGCCCCUAGCAGAACCCCCGUGGCCACGGGUUCGGGUCCCCGCUGCGGCAUAGGGGCCGGGGCCUGCCAGGCCGCGGCACAUGGCGGGGGGGGACGCCGCACUGCUGCCAUGGCCCGCCGCCGCCAGCCGCUCUUCACCCUGGACGGGGACUUCGAGGACGAGGACUUGCUGUCAGCGGUGGAGGAUGCAGAGAGCCAGUUCUCUACUCCGGCCCCUGUGAAAAAUACAAGAUGCCUGAGGCCCCUCUCCUCUGGGGCAAGGGCUGCCGGCGGCAUGCUGCCACCAGCCCAGGAGCACCCUUCCUCUGCAAGCCCCAGCUCUUCGAGCAUGCUGUCCCCAGGCUUUGGGCUGCAGAACCUCCCCACGCUGAGAGCUGGGCUUGACGGCUCCUCUGGGAAAACAGCUUGCCUGAGACCUCUCUCGGCAAAGAAUGACCAAACUGUGGCUCCUUCAGCCAUGGGCUUCAGGGAUCCAAAGGCACAGGUGUCCCUGGGGCUGGCAGCACAGGCCCAGCACAGAUCUGGGUCCAGCUUGGCCGGGGGCUGUGCCCCAAGCCACAGCUCCAUCGCAGGGUUCAGAUCUGUGCAGGGAAGGCCAGCCACAUGUCCGGUCCAGGAAGCUGCCACCGAGGAGGAGCUGGACAGUGAGCUGCUCCUGGCAGCCUGUAUGCAGCUGGACAUGCCCAACUUGCAGCCAGAUGCUGGGCCUGCCCUCACGGAGCAAGGGCAGCGAGGGAUGCCCCUGCGGAUGAACGCAAGGGAUGAGAGCCUCCCAGGAGGGACUGUGCUCAAAAAGCUGAGGGUGGGAGAUGAAACGGUAACUCCAGGCCGGGGCUGCUCAGCCCCUUUGCAGCAUGAUGGUGCCUGGGCCAGCCCGACAGAAGCAGGCAAGCCACAGAGUCCAUCUCCUUUCCAGCAAGCAGAUCUCUUGCUGAAGCUGAGGCCUAGCAUGGCAGGUUCUUGCUCUGCUCAGUCUGAUCCAGCAGCUCUAGCAAACUGGCGGGCAAAUGCAGUCUCACAAGGCAGCACUGGUGUAGGUGGGUCCUGGGAUACCAUUUCUAUUCCCAGGGGCCAGAUACCAAGGCCUUUUCAGGCAUCUCUUGGUCAGUCAGGAAUGCCUGCAGUAAGGGCUCCACAUGUUGCUUCCCCCAGUAGUAGGCAUCCAAGGCCACCAGCACCACAGAUGCCAAAUCACAGCUGUUCCACGCCCAGAUUUCCUGGCAGCGGUUGGCAGCCACGCACAAGGGUCCCAAAUAGCCCACAACCCUUGAUGGCUUGCAUACAGUCCCCAGCUACCACGCCACGGACUCCCUGUUCUGGUGCUGCCACUGCAGGGACCUUACAGACCCCAGUGGUCACCAAUCACCUUGUGCAGCUGGUGACGGCAGCCAGCAAGACACCCAAGGCCACUCCCCGCUCCACUCUGCGAGCAAAAACCCGCUGCUUCCCAGGACCAGCAGGAAUUCUGCCUCGCCAGCAUGGUGGGAAAAAUCUGGAGGAAAUCCUGAUUUCCACACCUCAGACUCCAGCUCAUGGUGCACUGGCAAAGCUACAGACAGAGGAAAUGCCCAAUUCCCAGCAGUCAAUAGAAGAUGACUUUGGAAAAGGCCCCUGGAUUGCCAUGAAGACUGAAUUAGGCUUGGAUGAGAGAGACCCGUCCUGCUUCCUUCGGACAUACAGCGUAGUCAUGGUGCUCCGGAAGGCAGCACUGAAGCAGCUCCCGAAGAACAAGGUCUCCAGUAUGGCUGUACUGAUCAAAUCCCUGUCACGCAGCAACGUUGAUGCUGGUGCAGUGUUCAAAGACCCCACUGGAGAGAUGCAGGGGACGGUGCACCGCCUGCUGCUGGAGGAGAGGUCGAGUGAGCUGAAGGCCGGUGCAGUGCUUCUCCUGAAGCAGGUAGGGGUGUUCUCUCCAUCCCACCGCAACCACUACCUCAAUGUGACGCCCAACAACCUGGUGAAGAUCUAUCCACUAGAACUGGGGGAGAAGAGCCCUUCUCAGCUGUCGCAGGAGCCCAAGGACAAGAGAGGGGGGCCAGUGCCGGCAUCCUCAGAGGGCCAAAGUCUACCUGAAUUCCAGCCAGAGCCUUCAGCUGCUGUCCCAGGGACUGUCCCUGGCACUAGGGCCACAUGGAGCUCCAGCAUGGAUGGAGGCUGGAGCAUGCAACAGUUGCCAGGGGGGUUUCCAUCAUGUCUGGAAAGUUGUGGAGCUGGCAGACGGGGGUCAACUGGACCUGCUGAAGAGGAGCCCUGCGGGUCUGAGGUCUGCGAGAUGGAUGACCUGGAUGGGCUCUUGGGAGAGCUGCCGGAGGACUUCUUCUCCAUGUCCACCAUGGAGAGCAACAGGUGACCCCUGUGCAGCAGCAGUGUACAAGACAGACAGCUGGUUGGGUGUCCAGCCCACAGUAGGAACUGGCCUGAACUGGAGUGGAGCAGAUCAAGGGCACUGACCUGGGAGGUGGCUCUCAGGCCUUUGGCCUGUCCUUUUUUGGGUUUCCUUUUCCAUGUUUUGCAUUCUGUCCUGCAUCUGUGCUGCUAGCAAGAGCCCUGGACUGACAUGAAGUGAUGGCAGCUUGUUAUCCUCACGCUCACUCUGCAGGGCAAUGGCAGCAUUCCUUGCUGUCCUGUAAUGCUCACUGCCCCCUGUAGUUGGCUUCUGCAUUAAAUGUACCUUGUGACACUA